AUUAGAGAGAGAUGUCGUAUUUGUUGCCACAUCUUCACUCUGGAUGGGCAGUGGAUCAAGCUAUACUUGCGGAAGAAGAACGUCUUGUAAUUAUUCGAUUUGGCCAUGAUUGGGAUGAUACUUGUAUGCAGGUAUUGGAUUAUGGAACGACAUAGUCAAGGAUAGUAAAAGUGCUAGAAGCUGCUAUUGAGGUUGAAGAUCAUGGACUAGGAUGAUCCAAAUCUUGUUAUUUUCUCAGAAUAACAACAAUGACAACAGGACUAGAAUUAAGAAAAGAAGUGAUGGUGAAAACAAUUGAGAAAAGAACAAGCAGAAACAACAAAAUGUGGAAUCAAACAUAACGAGGCUGUGUAUGAUCUCAUACAGGACUAGAAUUAGUAACAUAAGAUCUUACUCGUCCACCUAUAAAUGGUAAUAUGCUAAUAUUUGUUUACAUGUUUUAUUUUUACCAUGUAUCCUCUAUUACAUCUUCCAACAAUGUUUGCCCGUCGUACUUCAUCCUAAAAACAAAUAAAAACAGCAAUUUAGUGAGCCAUAUAUCUCAGUACUAUAAUUUCGGGAUCGUCCUGCCAUUGAUAGAAAUCUGAAACCAUUGCUUUGAACUGAUUUCACAUUAUUAGUGCUUUUUUAAAGAAGAGUGAGUGGUUCAUAGCCCUUCAUUUUUCUUGAAAUGUAUUUCAUCUCAUGGAUCUGAGUGUGUCUUGUUAAUUUUGCAUAUCAAAUGAUGCACAAUUCGUCUAUGUUCAAGUUAUGGCACAUCUCUACACUUCUUUGCCGUGUCUUAGGCGUCUUAACUGUGUCUUGUAAAUCCGUAGUUUUGAUUGCAUAUUUUUUCUUGGACUCCAAAUGGAUGAGGUGUUGUCUUCAGUUGCGGAGACGAUCAAGAACUUUGCUGUGAUUUACCUGGUUGACAUCACCGAGGUUCCUGAUUUUAACACGAUGUACGAGCUGUAUGAUCCAUCCACUAUCAUGUUCUUCUUCAGGAACAAGCACAUUAUGAUUGAUCUUGGCACCGGGAACAAUAACAAGAUCAACUGGGCGCUUAAGGAUAAACAGGAGUUCAUCGACAUUGUUGAGACUGUGUAUCGCGGUGCCAGAAAAGGCCGGGGUCUAGUCAUUGCACCAAAAGAUUACUCUACCAAGUACAGAUACUAAGUUACUUGGCUGCCGGAAUAUGUUGUACUUUAUGAUAAAGCUGGAAGAAGUUAUAGAACAAUGUCUAAAUUGAAAUGAAAAGUUUGGUCAAGUAUGAUUAUGACGAGCUUCUUGGAUAAAUCUUGAUUGAGAAAAAAAAUAAAAAUAUAAAGUUGACUCGUGA